UGUCCGGUUUGUCCUGGGUAAGAGAAAGUUUUUCGAUUCCUCCUACUUAACUUGCCUUACGUCUUGUUUUAAACAUACAACAAACAAACACCUUCAAUCGCUUUUAUUACCUUAAUACUUAUUCAAAAUGCCUUUCAAGGACGGAGACUCAAAGAAGGGUGCCAACCUCUUCAAGACCCGUUGCGCACAAUGCCACACCCUCGGUGAUGGAGAGGCCAACAAGAUCGGCCCUAACCUCCACGGUCUCUUCGGCCGCCAAACCGGCGCCGUUGAGGGCUUCGCAUACACCGAUGCCAACAAGCAGAAGGCUAUCACCUGGAACACCGAUACUCUCUUCGAGUACCUCGAGAACCCAAAGAAGUACAUCCCUGGCACCAAGAUGGCCUUCGGUGGACUCAAGAAGGAGAAGGACCGCAACGACCUGAUCACCUUCCUCCGUGAGGAGACUAAAUAGACGGGGACGCUGAUGCUGUAAUGAUAUAAAAGGCUGUACUUGUACAAUAGGUUAGAUAGCGUUGGCUGUUGGGUGGGAAAAGAUCUCCUCUUUAACAUCGCGUGUACGUCCUGCAUAUCAUAUAGAAUAGAUGAGUUGGGGCGGAAAGGUUUAUUUCAAU